AUGGCGGCAACAUCUCUACAGACACAGUUCCCGCUGCACUGGCUAGUUUGGCACAAUAAUUUUCGCGAGCUGGACGCGGAGUUAGAGAAGAAUGUGCAUGAUAUUGAGCUUGCAGAUCCACGGGGGCGUACACCACUUCACCUGGCGGUGGCUUUAGGUCACCUAGAGAGCACACGAGUACUUCUGCGUCAUGGGGCCAACGCCAACGCUGAAAAUAAAGGAUACUGGUCAGUUCUCCAUGAGGCAGUCUGUACCGGAGACCCCGAGAUUGUUCAGCUGGUUCUGCAGUACCGAGAUUUUCAAAGAUAUUCCAAGCGAACAUUUGGAGUGCCAGACUUGCUCAGGAAACUGGAGGAGUCACCAGAUUUUUAUGUGGAGAUGAAAUGGGAGUUCACAAGCUGGGUUCCGCUGAUUUCCAGGAUGUGUCCUAGUGAUACUUACAAAGUCUGGAAAAGAGGUUCCAGCGUACGUAUUGACACAACACUCCUUGGGUUUGACAACAUGACCUGGCAGAGAGGCAGUCGCAGCUACAUCUUCAAAGUGGCAGGUGACAACUCUGCAUCAAUCAUGGAGGUCGAUCAUGACCUGCGUGAAGUUUACCAGGAAAUUAUUCGCGUGUUGCCUACAUCAGCCGAAUCUUCGGUCAUGCGGCCCUCAGAGGAAGCUGUAGCGGCCAGGCUGACAUCGCCAGCAUGCACCACAUAUGUUGACACUAAUAGAAUUUCAUUUGAAAGGAGCAAGUCUGGGAUUUGGGGUUGGAGAAGUGACAAAAUGGAGCCCAUUAAUGGAUACGACUGCAAAGUUUUCACAGCCAACAACGUAGAGCUGGUCACCAAGACUCGCACAGAACACCUGGCUGGCAAGGACAAGCAGAAGGCCAAGAAGUCCAUCAGCAAAACCCCACUAGAGUCAUUCCUCGGCACGGCAGAGGAGGCCGUCAGCACCACGUCCAGCAGCAGCAGCAGUCUAGAAGGGCUGUCGACAGUGGUGUCUUACAACCCCGGCAACAUCACACCAGAGGAAUAUUUCAAUUCACUGAUUGACCUUGGUGACAAGGACAUAGGCCGGCCCAAAGAGCAGGCUGUCAAAGUUCAGAAGUUCAAGGCCAGUUUGUGGCUGUGUGAAGGCUACCCUCUGUCCCUGCAGGAGCAAGUUAUUCCCAUUAUCGACCUCAUGGCACAGAGCAAUGCUCACUUCGCCAAACUUCGUGACUUCAUCACCUUACAGUUGCCUGCAGGGUUUCCUAUCAAAAUUGAAAUCCCAUUGUUCCAUGUCCUAAAUGCACGAAUCACUUUCGGAAACAUCCAGGCCAGCGAAAGUGAAGCUCUCUAUGUCACACCAGUCAAAACUGAGGAGAACUUGACGUGCUCCAUUGAUGACGAGUGUUUUAGUGCUCCAGCUGGAUACGGUCGACUUGGUGGAGAUGGUCAUCACGAAAGGCUACGAGAUGAAGACGACCAGCUCCUGCAGUUUGCCAUACAACAAAGUCUGGUUGACUCUGGCACAGAGAAUGACCAGGUGACAUUUUACGAAGCAUUGAACAAGGGCAAAGAUCUGCCUGGUCUUGAGGAUGAGGACAAGAUGCUGCAGCGAGCGAUUGCUGCGAGUCUACAGUCAAGAACAGCAGCAGACGGCAGCACAGAGCCUCCUCCCAUCAGCCAGCGGCCCAGAAUGCCUCUCCCAGUCAGGUUGGCAGAAGAUGAGGACCUUCAGCUGGUUCUAGAACUUUCCAAGAAGGAGCAGGAGGAGGAAGAGCAGCGAAGGAAGCAAGAGGAAGAAGAAUUGCAAAAGAUUUUGGAGCUCUCUUUAAUGGAAAAGUAA